AUGAAUGAGGUGACUCACCAAAGGAUCAAGACAAAUGGGAUAUGGAUGCACAUAGCAGAGCAAGGGACAGGCCCUCUUGUGCUUCUCCUCCAUGGCUUCCCCGAAAUAUGGUAUUCGUGGCGCCACCAGAUUGGUUACUUGGCUAAGCAUGGGUACCAUGUUGUUGCUCCUGAUAUGAGAGGCUAUGGUGACACUGACUCUCCUCUGUGUCCUACCUCCUACUCUAUUCAACACCUUGUUGGAGACCUUAUUGGCAUUCUUGAUCAUUUUGGUGAACAAAAGGCAUUUGUAGUGGGUCAUGACUUCGGAGCCGUUGCAGCUUGGCAUCUGAGCCUGUUCAGGCCUGACAGAGUCAAGGCCCUGAUUGCACUAUCUGCUCCAUACUUUGAAAGAUCUUCAAGCACCAGGGAUUCUGAAUCUGUGAGGCGAAUUUUCAGUGACGGGUGUUACGUUUAUCAGUUUCAGGAACCAGGAAGAGCAGAAAAGUCGUUUGCAAGAUAUGAUUAUUUGACAGUGAUGAAGAAAUUCUUGCUGUACAACAAGACAGAUUAUUUGGUAUCUCCUCCUGGAAUGGAGAUCAUUGAUUAUUUGGAGACACCAGCUGUGUUGCCACCAUGGAUUUCUGAGGAGGACCUCCAAGUCUAUGCUGAAAAGUUUGAAGAAUCUGGCUUCACUGGUGCCCUCAAUUAUUUCCGUACAAUUGAGCUGUACUGGGAGCUCAUGGGACCAUGGCAAGGAUCAAAGAUAAGUGUUCCAGCAAAGUUGAUUGUAGGUGACAAAGACAUUGGCUUUGAAAUUCUGGGCACAAGGGAAUAUGUGAAAGGAAGUGUUCUCAAGAGUCUUGUGCCAGACCUGGAAGUCGUGAUUUUAGAUGGCCACCAUUUUAUCCAGCAAGAGAAGGCUCAAGAAGUCUCAGACGAAAUUCUUUCCUUCCUGCGCAAAUUUUCGACAUAA